AUGUUGAGAGGUGAAGGAAGCCAUGCAGCUCAAGGAAGAAAGGAAAGGGCAGAGGCGGCAAGAAGAAUGAGAGAGAGGAUUAAUGAAGAUGAAGGGGAGGAGUUUGUUAGAAUGAAGGAAGAACAGAGGAGAAAACAGAAAGAAGAGUCAUUGAGCAGUGAGAGUGAACUAGGCGAGUUUGAGAUUGGGGUGAAUGUUGGAAGAGAAGAGAGUGAUGAUUCUCAAGGUGAACAAGAGGAAGAGUUUGAGGAAGUGGCCGAUGAGCCAAUGGAGGAGGCUGAACAGCCUCAAGAAGAAGAAGAAGAUGAUGACCUCCCCAUGUUCCAAGAGAACUACAAUGCUCUCUUCUCUAUGGAUUUUGUGGAGAUUAAGUACCCCCAUGACAAGACCAUGAAAGCGCUUGGGAUGAUCAAGGAUGUGGAGUUGGUGCUCAAGAACAUGCACUUGGCUAAGUUCUUCUCUCACAGGAUGGAGUCUUACAAGGAGCUUACUUGUGAGUUCCUAGAUUCAUUGAGCCCCAUCAUAUGA